AUGGGGUCGACUUAUCCGCUCUCAACAGGCCCGAUUGACGGUCCUGUGGAACAUAGUCAUCCUUUCACGAACAGCACGACGGAUUCCAUCACCUGCUCGAUGAACAAUCUUCACCAUUUCGAGGCUUAUCCUCACGCUCAAUCCACUCAGUCACAAGUGCCAAUUGAGAUAUCUUUUCCAAGGCAGGGUUCGGUACCAAAUACUCGUCUUGAAUACCAGCCUGGACCCCGGUCAAGAAUUUCUCCGGAUAUCUGCACGGAAAUACCUUUCGAGCGGCAGAACAACAGUUCCAAUGGUCUGUUCUCUGCAAUUGCGCAAAAUGCUCCUUGUUCACCCGUUGAGUACUUGCAUUCGUCGAAUCACACAUCUCCUUUCACGAAAGAUGGCCAUGAAGGGCUUGCAUCGGCCAACAGUCAGGAACUGAAUAUUGUCUUGGAGGAUCCUCGCAUUCUAUCUCAGCAUCGUAAGAGAAGAUUACGAAGCAAGAGAGAGUUCGAUCAGGCCAAGCAGGACAAUCAGUUGAUCAGAACACUGGGAGGUGCCUGCAUAUGGUGCUACCGCAAAAAGAAGCGGUGCGGAACCGUUGUUGCAUGCUUGACAUGCCAAAAAUUGGGCCUCCAGUGCAUCAGAAAAUAUACUCAGCUAAGCUUCGUCCAAGAUUCGCCGAAGUAUGCCAACCGAUUGCCUGACCAAAUGGGAGAAAUGUUUUCUUGCUUAAAGGAUCACGCGUCCAAGAAUGCCUCAGAGCGAAUUGCUGUCAGCUUUCGCUCUCGAACAAUCGAUCUCUGGACUGCCAAUGCAGCCAUGCUUAACCUUGCCAAUGUGAAUACGCUCAACGAGGUGAAUCGGCAACUCCACCUCCAGAGUAUGGGAUCCGUUCAUUGUGAUCAAUUGAACAAGCUCGAAGAUUUCUUUCCAGGCGUCUCUCUUGUCGAGACGGCUUUGAGCAUGUACAAGUUGGCUUCGGUGAUAAUAUGUCUCUGCAAGACACAGGUGCAUGUUCCCGCAGCUGAUGUCGACCGAGCAAGGUCAAUUGUCCUCUAUAUGUUGAACGUCCAUCUCCAACGACUGUACGAGCUAUCAGAUGAACUUUGCUCUGUCGUGUUUGGCAUGAUGCGCCGGAAAGAACCUCACAUCGGCCAUGCUGAGAUGGAGAAUGAUCAUGCCUCGCUAGAGUCUCUCGGGCCGGUCUGGGUGGCUGUGGCACUUUAUUAUCGGGUUGUUGAUAGUCUCGCGAGCUUUGAAGCGGGGCCACUUCUCGCCGCGUUGCUGAUGGAUGCCAAAGAAGGCUCGGAGAGCGUCAGCGCCAGCGUGCUAUGCGUUCUCAAGCAUAUCUUUUUGAACUCCAAGUCAGACAUGAACAAUAUGACCAAUGAGCUACUUGAGCAACAUAUUCCGACCAUCCAGACUCGUCAUUUCGAUAUUGCCGUCGAGGUAUAUCGGGGAAGUCAGAUGGAGUUGCUCACAGCCACCCCCCGAGAAGCGAGUCCGUUCUCUGAUGAGUCGUGCUCUGUCGAAUCUUUGUUCGAAAAAAUUCUUGACGAUUGCACUCCCUCUUCUGACGCUCGUCCCGAAGCUCAGGCCAAUAGUGCACCCCAGGCAACAGGUCAGAACUGGCUGAACGAUUUGGAAGCAGAAUUGGCUGAAACCAUGCCGUUUGACGACGGCCUUUUCACUGCCGAGGACAGUGAGGAAUGGCAGAUGACACUCGCCGAAGGGUGCAAGGUGCCAUCCACGCUUUAA